AUGGCAUCAGCGAGUGCAAAAUUUUCUGUAGAUAAGAAACCUGAUAGCUACGAGCCUUACGAGUUCAAACUUUCGGACAAAUUUCGGAAGCUGGCCAAGGAAGAACUUCGAGAGGACGAUGAAAUACGAGAACAGGCAUUGACGCAGCUAAGGGAAUGGAUUGCAAAGCAUCCUUACAUCCGCAAGUGUCGAACAAAUGCAAACUUCUUGCUACGAUUUUUGCGAUUUCGAAAGAUUUCCAUCCCCCAGGCCCAGGAGGCCAUCGAGAAGUACUUGGUCAUGAGGCAGGCCUUCCCGAAGUGGUUUCAAAAGUUGGACUGUAACGACGAGUUGAUGAGAAGUGCGAUCGAUGAUUCCGUACUGGUUCCACUGGGACAGGAUGACGAAGGUAGGAAGAUUAUAUGGUUUCAUCUAGGGAACUUUAAUGUGGAAAAACUGGAUGCAAUAGCGGAGUUUCGAUACUUUAUCUUGUUUUUGGAACUGAUGUUGGAGGAUGAAGAGUUCCAAAUUGCCGGUAUAAGACUUUGGGAUGAUUAUUCAAACAGCACUAUGAAACAUUAUGGAAUCUGGGGUAUUCCGGAUAUGAAACUACUUAUGGAUGCUGUCAAUCGUAUGAUUCCGUUCCGUCUUCGAGCCGUUCAUGCGAUCAGGUUGCCGAAAUACGCUGUGGCCAUAGCCAACCUCCUUUUAUCCUUCGCCACACCGAAGUUCAAAGAAAGAGUAAAUUGCCACAACACGGUUCUCGAAUCAAAGAAGCACUUUGACCAAACCCUCUGGCCUCAGGAAUACGGUGGUGCGGUAGAUGCAAACCAGAAAUUGCGGGAACUCAAAAAACGCUUUGCAGAAAGAAGAGAAGCCAUUUUGGCUCUUGAUGAUAUGGAAAUCGACAUCGAACAGUAUUCCUCGAUGCAGAUUCAUCAGAGUCGUUGGGAUAGAGAGAGUGCGGAAAUUGAUGGCGGUAUUGCGGGCUGCUUCCGGAAGUUGAAUGUUGAUUAA